UUUUUUCUGGAACCCAGCUCUGAAAUCUCUUUUCAGUACUAAGCUGAGUAUUGGAAUGGAUGAAACAUAAAUAGAUAAAAAUGCCUUUGAACAUAUGCAGAGGCCCUUUUCGUAGAAGUGGAUAGGCAGAUUAAACAGAAGGCUCAUCAGUAGCCCCUUAAAUUUUAGAAUUAAGCAUUUUUGCAGUGACAAUGGCUGACUUGCCAGGAUUUCAGGUCACUGGGAUAUGGAGGGAAGAGGCACUCUCCAGUGACGCUCCGUCCGGUGCAGCGUGCUAUUGCAGUUAAGAGAACCAGACCGCCCCCCUUUACCCCGGUCGCCUUGACACACACACACACACACACACUCACUCACUCACUCACUCACUCACUCACUCACAAAAACAAGCCACUACCUCUUUAAAACAUUGCAGGCACAGUGUACGGUGCAGUGUGCUGGACCAUGUGAUAGCUUGUGAAAGGCAGUUAGAAGCUGCAGGAGCAGAGACUUGGGGAUGAGAGCUGCCUGCCUGCAUCAGAUUUUCAGAUUCACCGCAGUGAAUCAAGCGCUCCUUGCAAUCAAGGGAGUAAAAGUUCGUGCUGUCAGGAAAGAAGGCAGGUUUCAUUCACCUCCAGGAUGCCAAGAGAGACACGAGGGUCUACCUGAGCCAUCUGAGAGCAGAAUGGUGCCUACGCUCCCCCAGCCUGCUUGUCCUGGGUGUGAAGUGUUCACUUGGCGGAGGAAACACUAACACACAUUGGACCCUGUGCAAGAGAAAGCAACAUAAGGGUCCUCAAAGCACCAUGCCGCAUAACAUCUCAGGCUUCCAGGCUGUCUACAUCAUCAUAGAGGUGCUGAUUGCCCUUGUGUCCAUACCUGGGAAUAUCUUGGUGAUCUGGGCUGUCAAAGUGAACCAGUCCCUACGGGAUGCCACCUUCUACUUCAUUGUCUCACUGGCAGUUGCAGAUGUUGCUGUGGGAGCCCUUGUCAUCCCCCUUGCCAUCAUCAUCAACAUUGGACCGCGGAUAAAUUUCUACAGCUGCCUGAUGGUAGCAUGCCCUGUCCUCAUCCUCACUGAAAGCUCCAUCCUGGCCCUGUUGGCCAUUGCUGUGGAUCGCUACCUCAGAGUGAAGAUUCCAAUGCGCUACAAGAGUGUGGUGACACCCAAGCGUGCUGGGAUGGCUAUUGCUUGCUGCUGGCUGGUCUCCUUGCUCGUCGGGCUGACCCCUAUGUUUGGCUGGAACAACUUGAACAAAAUGGAGAAGGCCCAGGAGGUGAACUCCAGCCAGGCAGAGUUCACUGUCAGUUGCCAGUUUGAGAAUGUUAUCAGCAUGGAAUACAUGGUCUACUUUAACUUCUUUGUAUGGGUAUUGCCUCCAUUGCUCAUCAUGCUCAUCAUCUACCUGGAGGUGUUCAAGAUCAUCCGCAGGCAGCUUAACAAAAAGGUUGCAUCCUGCUCAACGGACCCAGAGAGGUAUUAUGGGAAGGAGCUGCAUAUCGCCAAAUCUCUUGCCCUGGUCCUCUUCCUGUUUGCUGUGAGCUGGCUGCCUCUGCACACACGUAACUGUAUCAGCUUUUUCUGCCCUUCAUGCAAGACCCCCAGUAUCCUCACCUACAUUGCUAUUUUUCUUACACAUGGGAACUCUGCCAUGAACCCUAUCGUAUAUGCAUUUAGGAUUAAAAAAUUCAGGACCACAUUCCUGCAAAUCUGGAACCACUAUUUUUACUGCAAAGUGGACAAGAACAUGAACAACAUUGACAACACUGACAUUGCCAUCUAGCAGUCAUCUGGGAUCGGGCUGGCCCGCAGCCUUUAAGCCACAUGGGAUGCUCUAUAAACAUCCCUUUCAUUGUCCAAAUGGCCAAGUUGGCUUUAUCUCCAUUGUACACAAUGCCUGCUCCUGGGCAGAGCUGGCAAAGCCCAGAGCCAGUCAAGGGCAUUAUUUAUUACUACAAGCAAUGUUCAUUGUACCAUUUGGUAUUCUAGGAGCUGUUCUUUAUUCUUUUCUUUUUUUUAAAAAAAAGGUGACAUAUUUAUGCAUUUAAAGGAGAAUUAUACCAGCAGGUAACUGUGACUUAUCUUUCAUUCCAAUAAAGAGGAAAUAAA